GGGGUUGGCGGGACGCGCGCUCCGUGCCGGCGCCCGGCCUCGAGCCCGCGCCCCCCCCCCGCGUGCCCGCGCCGCUGCGCGAUGCAGUGUGGGGAAUGGCUGGGGUUGGCUGAAGAGCGCACAGUGGAGUUUUAAUGUCCGCCAUGUUGGCCAUGGCGUAUUGAGGAGAGCGAGCGAGAGAGGAGCGGAGCGGCUCGGCCUCCCACCUCCCGGCGGCUCCGAGUGCCCGGACGGCGGGCUCCGCGCUCCGCCCCUCCAGUCCCCGGCAGCGGCGGGCGAGUGGGGACCGAACCCCCGGUUCUCCAUGAUCCCGCUGGCCGGGGCCGUUUCCCCAGAGCGGAGAGGUAUCUGCUGCGCCUGAGAUGAGUAAACUGUCGUUUCGGGCGCGGGCGCUAGACGCCUCGAAGCCGCUGCCGGUUUUCCGCUGUGAGGAUCUGCCCGACCUGCACGAAUACGCCUCGAUAAACCGGGCCGUGCCGCAGAUGCCCACCGGAAUGGAGAAGGAAGAGGAGUCGGAACACCAUCUUCAGCGGGCAAUUUCAGCACAGCAAGUGUAUGGCGAGAAGAGGGAUAACAUGGUGAUACCAGUCCCAGAGGCAGAGAGUAACAUCGCUUACUAUGAGUCUAUAUAUCCUGGGGAGUUUAAGAUGCCAAAGCAGCUCAUUCACAUACAGCCUUUCAGUUUGGAUGCUGAACAGCCCGAUUAUGAUUUGGAUUCUGAAGAUGAAGUAUUUGUGAAUAAACUGAAGAAGAAAAUGGACAUCUGCCCACUGCAGUUUGAGGAGAUGAUUGACCGUCUAGAGAAAGGCAGUGGUCAGCAGCCAGUCAGUCUGCAGGAAGCCAAGCUGCUGCUGAAAGAAGACGAUGAGUUAAUUAGAGAAGUUUAUGAAUACUGGAUUAAAAAGAGAAAAAACUGCCGAGGGCCGUCUCUUAUCCCCUCAGUGAAGCAAGAGAAGCGAGAUGGUUCCAGCACAAAUGACCCUUAUGUGGCUUUUAGAAGACGUACUGAGAAAAUGCAGACUCGGAAAAAUCGCAAAAAUGAUGAAGCCUCUUAUGAAAAAAUGCUUAAGUUGCGUCGAGAUCUAAGUCGGGCUGUUACCAUUCUAGAGAUGAUAAAAAGAAGAGAAAAGAGUAAAAGGGAGCUAUUGCACUUAACACUGGAAAUUAUGGAAAAGAGGUAUAGUCUGGGUGACUACAGUGGGGAGAUCAUGUCUGAGGUCAUGGCGCAGAGGCAGCCCGUGAAGCCCACCUACUCCAUCCCCAUUGCCCCCCUCGCCAACAGCGGGCAGUUCAAACACCAGGAAGCCAUGGAUGUGAAGGAGUUUAAAGUUAAUAAGCAAGAUAAGGCCGAUCUUAUCCGACCUAAACGUAAAUACGAAAAGAAGCCCAAAGUCUUACCUUCGUCUGCUGCUGCUGCUGCUCCUCAGCAGGCCAGCCCUGCCGCGCUGCCGGUCUUCAACGCUAAAGACCUGAACCAGUAUGACUUUCCCAGCUCGGACGAAGAGCCUCUCUCCCAGGUUCUGUCUGGCUCUUCGGAAGCUGAGGAAGAGAAUGACCCCGAUGGUCCUUUUGCCUUCCGUAGGAAGGCAGGCUGUCAGUACUAUGCUCCUCACUUAGACCAAACUGGCAACUGGCCUUGGACUAGUCCUAGCGAUGGAGGAUUAGGGGAUGUGCGAUACCGCUACUGCUUAACCACCCUGACCGUGCCCCAGAGGUGUAUUGGAUUUGCACGAAGACGGGUUGGGCGCGGUGGAAGGGUCUUACUGGACAGAGCUCACUCGGACUAUGACAGCAUGUUUCGCCAUCUGGAUUUGGAAAUGCUUUCCUCACCACAACAUUCUCCAGUCAAUCAGUUUGCCAAUACCUCAGAAACAAAUACCUCGGACAAAUCUUUCUCUAAAGACCUCAGUCAGAUACUAGUCAAUAUCAAAUCAUGUAGAUGGCGGCAUUUUAGGCCUCGGACACCAUCCCUACAUGACAGUGACAGUGAUGAACUCUCCUGUAGGAACUUAUGUAGGAGUAUAAAUCGAACAGGAACAGCACAGCCCGGGACCCAGACAUGCAGUACCUCUACGCAGAGCAAAAGCAGCAGUGGUUCAGCACACUUUGCAUUUACAGCCGAACAAUACCAGCAACAUCAACAGCAGCUGGCACUCAUGCAGAAACAGCAGCUUGCACAAAUUCAGCAACAGCAAGCGAGUAGUAAUUCCUCCACCACCACGUCACAGAACCUUGCAUCUAACCAGCAGAAAAGUGGCUUUCACCUGAAUCUGCAUCAUAGCCAUUCUAUACAGGGUUUAGAAAGAACAAUACAGGGUUUUGUUUCCAAGACUUUGGAUUCCGCUAGUGCUCAGUUUGCUGCUUCUGCUUUGGUGACAUCAGAACAACUGAUGGGAUUCAAGAUGAAGGAGGAUGUGGUGCUCGGAAUUGGGGUGAAUGGCGUCCUUCCAGCCUCAGGAGUAUACAAGGGCUUACACCUCAGUAGUACUACACCCACAGCACUUGUCCACACGAGUCCGUCGACAGCAGGGCCGGCUUUGCUACAGCCUGCGAACGUGACCCAGACGGCGGGUUCCCACGGUGCACCGAGUCACCCGGUGACUGCUGCCAAUUCUGCAACAACUCAGGUUCUGAUUGGGAACAACAUUCGAUUAACUGUACCUUCAUCAGUCGCCACUGUAAACUCUCUUGCCCCCAUAAAUGCACGACACAUACCUAGGACUUUAAGUGCUGUCCCAUCGUCUGCCUUAAAGCUGGCCGCUGCAGCAAACUGUCAAGUUUCCAAGGUCCCGUCUUCGUCCUCUGUAGAUUCAGUUCCACGGUGAGGAAACCAAGAUCCAGAGGAGCUAACUGAGCUCUCCAAGCAUAUCAGCAGCCGCGGGCCUGGAGCAGCUAAGACCCCGGUCUUCUGAUGGCUCAGCUCCAUGCAGAGAAAGAACCCCGACUUAAAGUCCUGACAUGAGUGACCCUUCCGUUGUUCCUUUUUAAAACUCUUAGGAAAGGUCUGAUAGAGGAGGAAAUUGAAACUAUUAACUAGAGCAUGGUGAUCUUUAUGGGUUGUAGCAUCUGGGUUGCAUGGGUGCUACCACAGUUUUGUGGGUAGUGUAGUUGACCAUGGACUGUGUAGCAGACACAAGCCUGACUUCCGGUCGUGUGUUCCUGAUAAUAAACCGAAAAGGUUCAUAUUCCUCUACUUGCUCUCCUGUCCCAAAAGACUCAGAUCUCUUUCUAUUAGUAAAAACAUUUGAACUUAUUAUUGGGAAGAUCAUCUUGGUUUGUUAAGUGUAUUGCAGGUGAGUAAUUGAUUGAACUUUUUUCCCACAGGGAAAAUCAUGAAUCAGAAAAGCCAGCACUGAACAACAUAGCAGACAACACAGUAGCGAUGGAGGUGACGUAGCGCCCGCAGGAGCGGAGCCGCGGCCUGGGGACUUGACUCGGUGCUAUGCAUCAGUAGCGUUCUGAAUGCAAGGGAUGGUGGAAUGCAGCACAUGCGUUUCUGUGGCAGCUGUGGGGACUUGACAGCAAUGCUCAUCUCUCAUGCUUCAAUUUUUCUUUUCUUACUGUUAAUAGGAAAAAAAUCAACAUCUGUAAAUUAAGAAUACAGCAAUUAUCUGUACAGUACUGCAUAUUUGUAAUACCCUUGUAUAUAUGUUACUUGAAUACAGAAAUGUUCAUUUGUGAUGCUUUGCACUUGGGGGUGGGGGGUGGGAGGGAAAUAAAUUGCAACAAAGAGUGUGAGAUGUGAGAGUGUGUAGAGAUGAAGUGUCAUCACAUCAUGUGCAUGGUGCAGAACCUGCUGUUUUAUCUAUUUAUUGUGCCGUGUUUACAGUUUUGUACACUGUACCUUCAUUGGUUCCUGUGCUGUAGUAAAUGUGUUAGGUAGCUGUGGACUCCUUGGUAUUUUGUAAAUGGUAUAACAUAACUUGGUUCCCCUCUGGGUCCCUGAGUUUUCUGUGUAUCAUGUGAAAAAAAAUGGUGACAUACAUACAGAAUUUUACAAAAAAAAAAAAAAAAAAAAAAAGGCAUCAGUUUUUUAAAAACGGGGAAUGUACUGUUAAAUGGGGAUCUUCCUGGUCUACUAUCAUUAGGACAAGUAACAAGCUAAAAAUGAAGUCUCUUGAAUCCUCCCAUCCCCACCUGCCCGCAGAGCUGUGGGCAGUUUCUGGUACUUAAAGCACUAAUGUUCUGUUGCUGCUCUGCAAACAGCCCAGUAGUCCCAUUUCCUUCCACACCAAAAAGUGUUAAAUCAAGUAUGCAAAUGGAGUCCUUACAACUGGAGUUUAUGUUGUCUUGCCCUUUUUUUAGCACAAGAAAAAAAUUGUACUUUUUUUAUUGUCGAAUUGUUUGAAAGACUUCAUUCUUUACUUGUUCUUACAAAAAGGAUAUAAGGGAGAAGAAUGCAGUAAUUGCUGUACGUGUAUCAUCAUUCCAGUUUCUAAAAACAGCCAGCCAGCUUUUUUCCUUUUAAGAUUCUCCAGAAGGCUGCGAGGCCAGAACCACAAAUAUCGGGUGCCUUCCUUUGGAAAUAUUUGACCUCUCUUCUGUGAAGAGAAUGGUACUUAACAGACUACUACUAGUGCUUUGUCAGUACCGAAGUCUGAAUGCCCAGUCCAAUGGCAUACAUUAUCCUUAAGGUUUUUAAUCCCACCUGGAAAAAUUGUGAUAGAAUUCUCACAAAAUAAACCCAGGGCAUUACAUGUUGACAAACUAAUGUGUGGUGGUCUUUUGCUUUUAUUUUCAACCCAAGAAC